AUGUUCAGGGCAGUCAAAAACCCGACCUUUCACGAUGCGGUGGAAAAGUUGAAUUCCACGCAGACAGGUUUUAAAAUCGUGGAGGAACGCCGGCGUUGCCCAAGGCUGUGGGAACCUUUCGCUCUCGAGCAGAUGCGACAGUGGCUCAGGCGCAUUGGCCAUUCCACGGCCGAUCUCAACCGCCUCAAUGUCGUCCACGUUGCCGGGACGAAAGGGAAAGGAACGACGUGUGCGUAUGUCAACUCGAUACUUCACCAGUACCACAAGUCGGUAGGGCGGCCCCAUAAAAUCGGACUGUACACUUCUCCCCACCUAGUUACGGUCCGUGAGAGAAUUGGGAUCAAUUCUGAGCCCAUUUCUGAAGAGCAAUUCACCAAAUAUUUUUUCGAGGUAUGGGAUGCCCUCGAAUCAUCGGCCCUCGUCGAAGGCCACGAUCCUGCCUUCAAGCCGCCAUAUUUUCGGUUUUUGACGCUGAUGUCAUUUCACGUAUUUCUAAGAGAGGGAGUUGAUGCCGCCAUCUAUGAAGUUGGUGUUGGCGGUGAAUAUGACGCUACGAAUAUUAUCGAAAAACCUGCUGUAGCCGGCAUUACGACCCUUGGAUUUGACCAUGUGGAAUUGCUCGGCGAUACGAUCGACAAAAUAGCAUGGCAUAAAGCCGGAAUUAUCAAGAGUGGAUGUCCUGCUUUUACCGUGGACCAAGUACCCGAAGCCAUGACAGUCGUUGAGCAGAGAGCGGCAGAGAACAAUAUCCCACUCACUUCAGUCAAAGCCGGCCCUAUGCUUAUGAAUGUCAACAUCAGCCCCGCAGAGGAUUUUCAAAGGAACAAUGCCUCUCUAGCUAUUUCCCUUGCGGCGACCCUUUUGAAGAAGCUAGGCAUUAUGUGUAGUUCUGAUCUGGAGCCACUUCCUAUGCAGUUCGUUCAAGGCCUUGAGAAUCUAUCGUUGAGAGGGAGAUGUGAAAUUAUUCAACAUGAUCGGCAACAUUGGUAUCUUGAUGGCGCUCACACAGAACAGAGCUUAGAAGCAGCCUGCUCAUGGUUCGGGAAGAUUUCACAAACAAAAAAUGCAACUCGUGUGCUCAUUUUCAAUCAGCAGUCAGCCCGGGAUAGCUUUGCACUGUUGAAAACGGUUCAUCAUACUUUAUAUGAUAAACUCAAGCUCCCUUUUCAACAUGUUAUUUUUUGUACAAAUAUCACAUUUAGAAGGAAAGGGUACAAAGUUGACUUUGACAACCAUAAUGUAGACCCAGAUGCUCUGCGGAAUCUUACAUUACAGCGACAGUUAGCAGAGGUCUGGAGAGAGCUCGAUCCAACUUCGAUAGAGGUGGCUGCACUCAGCUCUAUUGAAGAAGCUAUUGAUUAUGUGAGUAAGAUUGAUGAUGGAUCAGGAGAGGUUCAAACCUUGAUUACAGGAAGUUUUCACCUUGUUGGCGGCGCGAUUUCAAUUCUAGAAAGUUGGAAUCUCAGCCCUAAUAAUACUAGAGCUAAGUAG